CAUUGUCUGAGGACGAUCAGCUGAAAUUGAUGAAGAUGUUAAAAGACAGAGGAAUGUCUACACAAUCUCAAGAUUCAUGUGGUAGGACACCAGCAGAACUAGCUUUUGUAUAUAAACGGUGGACGCUGUUCAAAUAUCUUCUAGAAACGGGAGUUCAGUUAAAUCCCUUCUCUAGAAAAGGAAACUCGUUUUUUCACGAGCUUGCUAGAAACUCCUCCGUUCCACAGGACUUCACAGAUAUGACACGUCACUCUCACUGACAUAGUUAUGGACAUUAAUCUACAAAACAGACUUGGAGAUACACCUGUCCAUGUGGCAGCUGACAAAGGCAAAUGGUACAUCGUAAAAACAUUUGUGGAGCAUGGCGCAGAUACCAACAUGCCUGAUAGAAAAGGAUUCUGUCUGCUUCAUAAACUUGCCAAGAAAAGAAGGAAAGCUUACUAUUUAGGGGACUCGACAUCUCCCUGUGUAUCCCGCUUAGAAGUGUUCAACACCCUGGUGGAGCACAAGGCAGAUGUCAACAUAAGAUGUCCAGAGAACAAAACCGCAUUACAAAUAGCAGCUUGCAAAGACGACUGGAAAACUGUGGGAGUACUUGUUAAAGUAGGCGCUGUUUGUGAACUCACACAGGCUGAGAAACAGUCAGCACUCGAAACUCUGCAUUGUUUAUCAUGGAAAGAUCUCGAAGACCACACUUUACAACGUUUAGUAGAAUGCAUCACAAACGAGGCUUCUUACACGAAGACAUCUUUAGAGAAAAAUAAACAUGAUGACCGAAGCACUGCUUUGCGAAGGUGUGUUGAAAACUCUAAAUGGAGGAUGGCAAAGGCUUUGGUGGAGUGUGGAGCUGAAGUGACAGACAAGAAGGACGACGAACCCCUCCUACAGAUCAUGGUUUCCACAUAUUCACCGAAUGAUCAUGCACCAUGGACUUCUUUACUUGACCUUUUACUUGCAAAGGGACUUGACAUAAACGCCGGACUGCAGGACGGAUGUUCGGUGCUUUUCCAUCGUGAGACCAUCGCCAGCCUAAUGAGUGAAGAUAAAGAUGCUCCUUGUUUGUGUGAAAUAUUGCUGGAGAGAGGAGCUGAUCUUCUGGUUGUCAACUCUGAUGGAUACACGCUACUGAGGGUAGUUUUAGACUUUAGUCAGCGGCAUACUCUGAAUGCUUUGAAGAAGCUUCUUCCCACCGGGGUGACGACUCAUCAGACGAGACUUACAAAAGCCGCACUGCCAUCCAGAAGAACUCUCUCUAAGAAAAUUGCAUCGCCAAUAGAAAUAUUGAUACAGGGACACAAUCUCUGCGCCGCCAGGUUGUUGAUUGAGUCAGGUUCAAGUUCAAAUGCAGAGAUAUUUCGCCUGAACACAGAAUACCAAGUGGAGCUGGCAGGACAGGCAGACACUGAUGACAAUGUUAAAGAGCUGCUUGAGGUGUUGAACAUGGCCGCAGUCAACCUCGCUCACUGA